AGCCGCGGCUCCCACUCAAUUUUCCCAGUACUUUCCUUCCCGGUCGUGUCGUGCGUCAUUACCGUUGCGCCUUCUCAUUGGCCGGAUGACAGAUGACGGCGCCUGCGCACUGAAUUCUUUUGAGGGUGGCAGGCGCCAUUUUGGCCCUAGAGGUGCUUCUGGGAAGUAGUUCGCUGGCCCACACACCUUGUCAGCCUGCCGGGUACGGCCUCUUCUGCCCGGGCUUUCUAGGUCGAAGUCUUCGCGUCUGCAGCUGUUGCUGCCUUACUCUCCGCAGCCUCCAAGGCCUCUAGUCGGGCGGGAGCCUCUGAGCACCGGAUCGCGCCGUCGGUGGUCACAGCGCCGGGAAGGAGGUGACGGGGGCGGCGCGGGGCGCAGACACUCCCCGCCGAGAGCCGCCUGCCAUGGACUCGGAAUAUUACAGCGGCGACCAGUCAGCAGAUGAUGGUGGCGCUACCCCAGUACAGGAUGAACGGGAUUCAGGGUCAGACGUUGAGGAUGAUGUAAAUGAGCAGCACUCUGGAUCAGACACUGGAAGUGUAGAACGUCAUUCAGAGAAUGAACCUAGUGAUCGAGAAGAUGGCCUCAAUAAAGGACAUCAUGUGACAGACUCUGAGAAUGAUGACCCCUCAAAUCUUAAUGCCAGUGACUCUGAAAGUGAGGAGCUUCAAAGGCGAAAGGACAGUGACUCUGAAUUUGAAGGGCAUGCAGAGCCUCCUGCGAGUGAUUCUGAAAACGAGGACGUCAAUCACCAUGGGAGCGACUCUGAGAAUGAGGAGACCAGGAAGUUACCUGUGAGUGACUCUGAAAAUGAGGAGCUGCUUAAUGGGCAUGCAAGUGACUCAGAAAAUGAAGACGUUAGGAAGCCUCCUGCCAGUGAUUCAGAGGUUGAAGAGCUCCCCAAAAGUCCUGCCAGUUACUCGGAAACAGAGGAUGCUCUGAAACCUCAAGUCAGUGACUCUGAGAGUGAGGAACCCCCAAGACACCCAGCCAGUGACUCAGAAAAUGAGGAGCUUCCCAAGCCUCGGAUCAGUGACUCGGAAAGCGAGGACCCGCCAAGGCAGCAAGCCAGUGACUCGGAAAAUGAGGAGCUUCCCAAACCCCGAAUUAGUGAUUCGGAAAGUGAGGACCCCCCAAGGCAGCAAGCCAGUGACUCGGAAAAUGAGGAGCUUCCCAAACCCCAAGCCAGUGACUCUGAGAGUGAGGAGCCUCGGAAGGGACCUGCCAGCGAUUCAGAAGCUGAGGCCACCUCCAGACACAAACAGAAGCCGGAGUCUGAUGAGGAGAGUGAUGGGGAGAGUAAGAGAGAGGACCCAGAAAUGCAGGCUGGCCCCUUUCACGCCGAUGCCCACGUAGACAGGAAGCGGUUCAGCAGUUCUGACAGCGAGGAGGAGGAGCCCAAAAGGCCCCAACUCGACAGUGAUGAGGAUGAAGAAAAAGAGGGGGCGGAGGAGAAGGUAGCCAAGCGGAAAGCCGCUGUGCUUUCUGAUAGUGACGAUGAAGAGAAAGCAUCAGCAAAGAAGAGUCGUGUUGUCUCUGAUGCAGAUGACUCUGACAGUGAUGUUAUAUCAGACAAAUCAGGCAAAAGAGAGAAGACGAUAGCAUCUGACAGUGAAGAAGAAGCAGGGAAAGAAUUGUCUGAUAAGAAAAAUGAAGAGAAGGACCUGUUUGGGAGUGAUAGUGAGUCAGGGAAUGAAGAAGAAAAUCUUAUUGCAGACAUAUUUGGAGAAUCUGGUGAUGAGGAGGAGGAAGAAUUUACAGGUUUUAACCAAGAAGAUUUGGAAGAAGAAAAAAGUGAAACACAGGUAAAAGAAGCAGAAGAUUCAGAUUCUGAUGAUAACAUAAAGAGAGGAAAACACAUGGACUUUCUGUCGGACUUUGAGAUGAUGUUGCAGCGGAAAAAGAGCAUGAGUGGCAAGCGCAGGCGUAACCGUGAUGGUGGUACUUUUAUUAGUGAUGCCGACGACGUUGUGAGUGCCAUGAUUGUCAAGAUGAAUGAAGCUGCUGAGGAAGACAGACAGUUGAAUAAUCAAAAAAAGCCAGCACUGAAAAAAUUAACAUUAUUACCUACUGUGGUCAUGCACCUUAAGAAGCAGGACCUUAAAGAAACAUUUAUUGACAGUGGUGUGAUGUCUGCCAUCAAAGAAUGGCUCUCUCCUCUACCAGAUAGGAGUUUGCCGGCACUAAAGAUUCGAGAAGAGCUGUUGAAGAUUCUGCAAGAGCUACCUAGUGUGAGCCAGGAGACCCUGAAGCAUAGUGGGAUUGGACGAGCAGUGAUGUAUCUCUAUAAACACCCCAAGGAAUCAAGGUCCAACAAGGACAUGGCAGGGAAAUUAAUCAAUGAAUGGUCUCGGCCUAUAUUUGGUCUUACCUCAAACUACAAAGGAAUGACAAGAGAAGAAAGGGAGCAGAGAGACCUAGAACAGAUGCCUCAACGGCGAAGAAUGAACAGCACGGGUGGUCAGACACCCCGAAGAGAUUUGGAAAAGGUGCUGACAGGAGAGGAAAAGGCUCUUAGACCUGGAGAUCCUGGAUUCUGUGCCCGGGCAAGGGUCCCCAUGCCCUCGAACAAGGACUAUGUUGUCAGGCCCAAGUGGAAUGUGGAAAUGGAGUCAUCCAGGCCUGGUAUUCUUAAAAAGGGCCUAAGCCGAUUGGAAAAGCAUAAGAGGCGGUUUGCAGAACAGAAACGACUCAGCAAAGUGCACCGUGCUGUCAAGUUCAGCAUUGAAGGCAACAGGAUGCCCCUGUAGGCCUGGCACUACCAGAGCAUAUCCGGGAGGUAUCCCCAAGGAAGCAUGCUCUGCGCAUGGGCUUGAGUUGUCAGCAGCUAGAGUGAAAACCAGUGUGUGUGUGCUUUCUUAACCAGAAAAGGCCAGGACCACUUUUAGUUUAUGAAAUAAUGACCCUAACAGGCACUUAGUGACAUUCUAGUCCUCUUGAAUAUUGAGAAAUUGAUAGGGGAUUCCCUUCCUUUAACAGUACCCUAGAGACUAGUAGAUAAUUACCUCAUGGCUAGGCAUUUUGGUCUUUCUGACUGGUACCCUUUUUAUUAAAAAGGUUUUUGUUAGGGCCUGGACUCCUAGUGGUUUCCCUUACAGGCAUGUAAGUUGGUUAGUAACGUCUUGGUGGAAGGGAGGUGGCAUCUUUUCCUGUUGUCAGUGGCUCAGUAACUGCAUUUGAGGGCUCAUUGCAUAAAGCCUGACACUGAAUAUUUAGGAGAUAAAUUUAAUUAAUACAUAUUCAGUUCAUGGUCAGAAAUGAAGAUGACUUUGAAACACUCAUAAAGCCAGACUCACUGACCUGCUGUGCUUGGAGGUUAACGGUGGCGCCUUUGCGGCAGUGCCCUCUAGAGCAUCUGUCUGAGUGUGUUGCCUUCCUUUUGUGACUCCUCCGUGACCCCUGCUUUGGCAGCUAUUUCCACAGGCACACUCACUUUCCUCCCGUUUCACUUUGUUGUUAAGCUACUAUCAAAACAAAGUGCACAGUCUUACUUAAUGAGAAUAAACAAAGGAUAGAACAGCACUGGUUCAGUGCUAAGAAUUCCUUCAUCUCUACUUCUCUUUUUUCUUCCCACCCCCACUUUUUUAGGCCACACCUCAGGGCUUGUGGGAUCUCAGUCCCCUGACCAGGGAUUGAAUCCUAGGCCACGGCAGUGAAAAACGUGAAAUCCUAACCACUAGGCCACCAGGGAAGUCCCCUUCCUCCCUUUUUUCUUCUUUCCAUUUCUAUGUCCCUUGAUCUCCCUCCUUCCCUCCCACCACCCGUUUCUCUUUACCUUUACUUUUCUCACUGUCUCUUCCAUCCUUUUAUUCCUCUCUUUCAUAAUACAUUUUCUUCCCCAGCACACUGUUUUGAGAAUCAAGAACUAUAAUAGGGCAGUGGAAAACGUAAUAAAAAAUCCUAGUGGCCAGUCUUCUUUGGAAGGGCCUGUGCCUGUCUGCUGGUGUCGCUGGUUCUGAUCCCACCCUCCCUGUCGGUGAUGGGGAGAUGAGCAGAGGUGGCCUAGCCUGUUGCUAGAGCGAGAGGUGACCAGCGUGACAAGAGGGUAAUUCAAGCAGAGUUCUUCAUCCCUAACAUUCCCCAAAUCAAAAUGGGCUGGUAUUUAUCUUGGCCUGUGUCAGGCUUAUAGAGCUCUGUCAAGAAAAGAAAAAUAAUAAUAAGACAUGUUUUGGGGGCUGGUAGUCCCAUGUUACAUUUCAGUAAAUUGUCCUUAAACCACCUGACACUUUUCCUUUUCAAGAAGGUUCCUUACAUAUUCACUCAAGGCUUUCACAUUGCACAGACAAUAAUGAGUGUUACUAGAAAACAUGUUUCCCAAGAAGAAAAUUGGAGUGAGUAAAGGGCUUUCAAAUGAAACUUUUUGUUAUAAAUGUAAUUUUUAUUUUUGAAAUUACGAGAGUAAAUAUACUAGAGAAUAAACCCCAAUCCCAAAGUCCUGCUCUUCCUCUGUGUAAGUCACCACUGUUAACAAUUUCGAUGUGUUACAUGUAUUUUCAGUAAUGCUUUAAACUUAGUUUUUUCUGCUUAUAAUUGUAGAAAAUUUUGGGAUUAUAAAGAGAAAAAUCACUCAUCACUCAAAAGCAAUUUGAUAAAAAUUUUGCCUUGUUUUCUAUUGAUACUUUAAUAUAAUUAAAAUUAUAUUGUAUAGAAUUUUGAUCACUCCUCAUUAAACCACCUUAUAGAGUUAUCAUUUAUAAUGGCUGCAUAAUAGUCUAUCAUGUGAAUAUAUAACUUGUUUAUUCAUUCCUCUAUGGUUUCUGAUUUUUCACUUCCAAAUAAUGCGGUAACCUGUGCUACAUUGUAUGUUUAUAUGCUAAUUUUUUCCAUGGAAUGCUUUUAAAAUAACAUUAAAAUGACACAAGCAGUGCAUGUUUUUAUAUAAACUUUUAAAUACGAAAAGCACAAAUCAAAUUAAUGUCGCUUGUAAUCCCACCAUACCUUAAUAUUAACAUUUUGGGUUAUUUCUUUCCUGUGUUUUAUAUAUGUGUACAUAAACAUUAUUACUGGUUUGGAGAGGGUUCUGUUGGAGGUAGUGGUGUUUUUUUGUUUUUGGUUUUUAACUUUUAAGCAAAAUUGUGAUCAUACUCUUUUAUACCUUGUUGGAUUUGUGUUUUACUUAACAUGGUAAAAAUUCAUUUGAGUUAACAUUCUUCAGUGACUUAAUAUUGUGUUGUAAUAUGAUUGUACCAUAUUUUUUUAAGCAAACCCAUCUUGCUAAUCUUUUAGGCUACUUUUGGUUUUUCGCUGAUAAAGCAGUGCAGCAUACAGUUUUACUGUCCUAAGGAAGUGGUGUAGGGUUGACAAAUCAAGAGAGAAGUGAUUGAAUUUGACAGGCUAGGUACUCAGUUCUGUGUGUUUUCAGGCUUGGGGUAACCAGGCAUCUGCCAGAUACAAGUCAUACAUAACUAGGUCACUGCAGCCUGGGCAUGUUCCAGUUGCUGAGGCUAGAGGGCUCAAAUUAUUAGAGAACGUCCUGGGAGUGGACAAGGAGAAGUCCAGGCUGAUGGGUGGAGCUUCCGGGAGUUGGGCAGUUGGCAGAGAUCUGAGCAGGUAAGACUUCCAUUGUGGACUGAUUGCAGGUACUAAAAAUUAGGGCACAUUGUCUGAAAGGAAGUCAGAUAUUUGGGACUGUCUAGAAAUCUGGGGUACUGCAUGCAUAGGGUGAUAGUCGCAUAACUUUCUCAUCUGAUAAUGAAUUUUUAUGCUCCCUCAGAGUACUAGUGCCCAGUAUUAAAAUGGAUAUAAAAUAAUAUUUGGAAUUGGGAUUUAUGUAGAAAAUCUAGGAUGGAUGAUCAAUGCAGCUCUUGUUCAAGAAUAACCUAGAGGUCUUUGCUUAUAACUGAGGUGGAAGACGAGUCCAGAGGUGAGAUAAGGCUUGGGGGAGGUCUCCCCAACUCAAAAGAACUUCACCACCCUGGUACCGACCCUAGAGUGUCUUCUAGUCUCCACCUUAUUUUAGCAUUCUUUGAAUUGAGCUUCACAGGUGAUUCAGUAGUAAACAUCUGGGGAGAAGAAUUAGAAAAUCCCAUCUUUUUUUAACCACUCGACAGUCGUAAAGAUUGGAAUUGUUAGUUACUGUAGCCAGCAAGAAGAGUUUGCCCUGAUCUGACAUAAAUGUCAGGCCUUUUCAACCAUUCUAAAAGGUGUUAGUUUCUUAGAGACCACACCUUUUCAAGACACAGUCUUUUCAAAGUAGAAGAGAAAUUACCUAACAAACCUUUAAACAUAAAGGGCAAGCAGAAAGAGAUGCAAGAAGUAUAUGCCCCUUGGUUCAAGAGAAUUAAUUUACUUUUCUUUUUGUGUCAAACUGAUUGCAAAGUAGUAGUAAUAGCAAUAAUAGCUGCUUUUAUUUUGAGCGCCGAUUGUGUGCUAUCCUCUGUGCUUGUAUUUGUUAUUAUUAUCUUAUUCGCUUCUCCCAAGCAGUCCUGGAAGUAGUUCAGGCAAGGGGCAUCAUUUGUACAGGGUUACAGAAUCCUGACUAGUUUCUAAUCGGAAACUAGAGUGCCAGCAAGCACCUAGCGGUUCUAACCUCAUUCAUUAUGCUUCAGGCUUUUUCUCGAUUACUUUCCUUGCCUUAGAAGAUCAUUAUUUUUUAUGCCAGCACUGUUUGAAGGUGUAUAUGUCAGGCGGUCACCUCCACAUUUGGUCUUUGAAACGGAGAAUCAUACAGUUAAAAUGUAAUCUCAUGGAAUUAGGGGGAUCGUAGUUUCAGUUUUAACCCCUCUUUCUCUCUUCUAGCAAAUUUCCAUGGACUAGAGGCAAAAUUUGAAAGUAAGGCACAGAUAAGAACAAAAUUAUUCUCCAUUGAGAGAGUUUAAUAUGCUUUUCUAACACUGCUGUGUAUACUUGCUCUGUUGUUCCUGAGGUCACCAAAGCUUAUUCUGGUUAUUCCAGAGCUGAGAGCUCUUCUGUCUGCCGACUUUCAGAUAGAAGAAGACGAAAGACAAAACUAAGUGUAUGUGUUUCAAUAAUUUGCUCUUUAAUUUUUACCCCACUCUUAGUUUCAGGGGACCUCCAAGAAGGGUAUCAGUCGACUGGAUAAACAGAUGAGAAAGUUCACAGACAUCAGGAAAAAAAGCAGAUCUGCACAUGCAGUAAAAAUCAGCAUCGA